UAUAUAAUCCCACAUCUCUCCCCUUCCCCUUCUUCAAUGUCUCAUCAGCUCUUCCUUUCCCUCCUUCAUUAACUAUCCCUCUCUGUUCCAUUUUCUCGUAAGUCCUCUUGUCACAUACCACUUGUACUUUACGCAUUAACUUGAUUAAAUAUACCCUACAACACACAUUUUCAACAGAAAUGUGCAGCUUUAAGGCUAAGGUGACCACAGGAGUUGAUAUAACACCGGCAGUGGCUAGAAUCAAUGGCCGGCCGGUCCUUCAACCUACGUGCAAUUUAGUUUCUACGCUUGAAAGGCGUAAUUCUCUAAAGAAAACAGCACCAAAGUCUUCUCCUCCUCCUCCACCACCACCACCAACUUUUUCUAAUAAAACCAACAAGGCCUCGCCUCCUUUAUCUCCAAUGUCGAAGUCUCCUAGAUUACCAGCUAUUAAGAGAGGAAGUGAUGCUAAUAGCUUGAAUUCAAGUUCUGAGAAGGUCGUGAUCCCAAGAAACACUACGAAGACACCGACUUUAGAGAGAAAGAAGUCGAAAAGUUUCAAGGAAAGUAGCGUUGGGAGGGGAGUGCAUUCUUCUUUUAUUGAGGCAUCAUUGAGUUAUUCUUCCUCUUUGAUUGUUGAGGCACCAGGAAGCAUUGCCGCGGUCAGGAGAGAACAAAUGGCUCUCCAACAUGCACAAAGAAAGAUGAGAAUUGCUCAUUAUGGAAGAUCAAAGUCUGCCAGGUUUGAAGAUCAAGUUGUUCCUAAUGAUUCUUCAAUCAGUAUGGCAACAAAGACUGAUCAGGAAGAAGAAAAGAGAUGCAGUUUUAUCACAGCAAAUUCAGAUCCCAUCUAUGUUGCUUACCAUGAUGAAGAAUGGGGAGUUCCAGUCCAUGAUGACAAGAUGUUAUUUGAAUUACUAGUUCUAAGUGGUGCUCAGGUUGGUUCGGAUUGGACUUCAAUCUUGAAGAAACGCCAAGACUUCAGAGAUGCAUUUUCAGGAUUCGAUGCAGAAAUUGUGGCCAACAUUUCUGAAAAACAGAUAAUGUCAAUCAGUGCAGAAUAUGGAAUUGAUAUGAGCCGAGUUCGAGGUGUUGUGGACAACUCUAACAGGAUUCUUGAGAUCAAAAAGGAGUUCGGGUCAUUUGACAGAUACAUAUGGACAUUUGUCAAUAACAAGCCUAUCUCCACCUCGUACAAAUUUGGACACAAGAUUCCAGUGAAGACAUCAAAAUCAGAGACUAUAAGCAAAGACAUGGUUAGGAGGGGGUUCAGGUUUGUUGGUCCGACCAUGGUUCACUCGUUCAUGCAAGCAGCAGGGUUAACCAAUGACCACUUGAUCACUUGCCACAGGCACCUUCCAUGCACCUUAAUGGCAGCCGCCCGCAGGCCUACCGAGGCACAAGCUCAAUAGACUCAAAUUGACAUUAAAAAGGGACAGAAGAAUUAACAAGACAUAAAGAAAGUGCGCUAAAACGCAUGUAUAGUUAAGCCCAUUUUCUAACUUGGAAUGGUUGUGUGUGUUGUUAAUUAGAUAGGAGGAGAAAUUAAAAGGGUUUGUGACUUUCUGAGAUUCCCCGAGAUUUUUUUCUCUCUAUUACAGUUUGAGUGUGUUGAAAUAGAUUAGGGAGAAGAAAGGGUGGCGUAGUGUUGUGGUGGAGGAGACAGGUAGCAUGUGCGACCGGGAGGCAAUGGCAUGUGUGGGGUGCCAGUUGCUUUUUAUUCCAUGUGACCUAUCACACUUGCAUUAUUUGAGGGGUUUUCCUUUUACAGGCUGUGUGAGAUGCUUGUUGAAGGAGGGUAGGACCGCCUACUAUCACCUCCGUCUCCCUCUCCUUCUCUUUAGUUGUUUGUGUUUGAGUUUGUAAUUCUCCUGUAUUUUCUAACCUUGUAGCUUUUGGGAGAAUAUUAUACCCCAGAUGUGUAAUGUAUCUUGGAUUUGGUGUGCCA